UUAAACAUGAACGCCAUUGACAGAUGCUGGAGAUCGAACCCAUAUUGGAGAAGAAACAGGCAACAAUUAGCCAUUUGCUCAAUUGGGUUCGCUGGAAAAAUGACCAAUAACAUUGGAAGAAAUCUCAUACAAUACCAAGUCACGGACCCUAGUGAUGACCCUACAAACCCACGUCCAGGUACACUAAGAUACGGCGCCACAAUGAUCAAGUCCAAAGUCUGGAUCACAUUCCGAAAAGACAUGCAUAUUGUGCUUAAGAAGCCGCUUCUUAUUAGCAGCUUCACCGCCAUCGACGGCCGAGGCGCCACCGUCCACAUCACCGGGAAUGCGUGUCUGAUGGUGUUCAAGGCCACCAACAUUAUAAUCCACGGCCUUAUCAUCCACCACUGUAGGGCUCAGGCGGCGGGUCAAGUCAUGGGCCCCAAUUCCAAGAUCAUUACGCUUGGACACGUGGACGGCGAUGCCAUCCGUUUAGUAACGGCCUCAAAAGUGUGGAUUGACCACAACACACUGUACCGUUGUGAGGAUGGGUUGCUUGACGUCACUCGUGGGUCCACUGACAUCACCAUUUCUAACAAUUGGUUCCGAGACCAAGAUAAGGUUAUUCUUCUUGGCCAUGAUGACGGUUAUGUCCGAGAUCGGAACAUGAGAGUCACUGUUGUCUAUAACCAUUUUGGACCAAAUUGCAACCAAAGAAUGCCUAGGAUCCGAUAUGGGUAUGCACAUGUGGCGAACAAUUUGUAUCAAGGUUGGACGCAAUAUGCAAUUGGAGGAAGCAUGAAUCCGAGUGUGAAGAGUGAAGCCAACCUUUUCAUUGCAUCAAAGUCAAAACAGAUUAUAUGGAGCACAGGGAAAGUAGAGCAGGCGAAAUGGAAGUUUCAUUCGGUAAGAGACGUAUUUGAAAACGGAGCUUUAUUUGCACAAAUUGGUAGUGGGAGAGGAAAUGUAAAACCAAAUUACAACGCCCAACAACGGUUUCCAGUUGCAGAUGCCAAAUGGCUCAGAUCAUUGACAAGCAACUCCGGAGCAUUGCAGUGA